AUGGAAGUUGAAAAAACCGAUAAUUUGGAAAUGAGAGAAGAGGGUGAUGAUGAAGUUUCUAAAUAUACGUACGAAGAUGGUACCGAAUGCAUUGGGGAAUGGAAAAAUGAGGGUAAAAGAGAAGGAAUUGGAUACAUGAAAUUUCCAAUCGGUACGGUAUACGUUGGACAUUUCGAAAAUGGAUUUCCAUCGGGAUUGGGCGUUAUGAGAUUUGCCGACGGUGCUAGAUAUGAAGGAGAAUUUCUGCAAGGAUGGUUUCACGGAUUUGGAAUAUUUUGGAGAAGCGAUGGCAUGAGAUUUGAAGGAGAAUUUCGCGGAGGAAAAAUUUCGGGAAAAGGAUUGAUAACUUACGCAGACGGCACUCAUGGUUUUCCUAGGCAAGAAGGACAGUUUCAAGACUGUAAAUUUAUACGCAAGGAACAGUGUCAACAAUCCAUUCUGAAAGCUCAGAAAUAUGCACUUCUUGCAAGAUCACUGAUCUGAUUGAAUUCCAUUUAGUUUUCAUUGAUUUCCCCAUUUUAAUAAUUUCAUCAAAAUUUUCAUAAGUAAAUUUACUUUACCUUUUUUGUUUUCAUUUUUGACACUCCACUCUUUAGGCGCGAACUUGCCCUUUUUCCUAUAUACAUCGUGAGUUCGUCCAGGCCCGUAAUGAGAUUCCCCUCCCUCACCACCCGGUGAGGAAUGAAUCACCGAUGAAAAUUCUUGGGGAGUUGAUCACCAGGAAUUCUUUAUGUGCGAUUUUCCGGUUCCCCGGAGCUAUAGACUGACAUCUUAUUAACCGACUCGGGGUUCUGUUUGAUUUUCUGUUUCAAAUUUUAAGUUUGCCUUUUAUAUAUAUUUGAUCUCGGACCGAAAGAAAGAAUGAGGAUUGAAAUUAAAUCGUUUUAUCACCAUUAACAAAAAUCCUCUUCUUGGAAUAUGACACCGUAGAUAUGUUAACGUGAUAGAAACAUGUUACUUCUUUAGGCACGACGUGUUUUUAUCGUGCCAACAAUUCUGUCCGAUUUUAUAAGGGUAUUUAAGAGACUUUUGACUCGCCCUGUAUCAUUAAAAUAUGAUUUUAAAAAUCUUUUAUUAUUUUUUGUUAUUUUUAAUACUCUAUCUACAUCAUUAAUGUGGUCUUAUUUAGAUUCUGGGCAUUGGUGAUUUUUUGCUGUAUGUUCGAAGAAAUGUAGCCUAACUUAUCCGUGUAUUCAUGAUUUUGUCCAAGUAGACAAAGUUGAAAAUAAACAAUGUGGUUUAUACAUUGUAAUUCUAAAGGUUGUGAAAUAGUGAAAGAUUCAAUAAAGGCGAUAAAAUACGAAACUAAUACUAAAAAAAGAAAAUACUAUGAACAUACAGAAAUAUUAAAAAUUAAAACGGAAAAAAGAAUCAAUGACAAUUUAGGAAUAAAAUUAGAUGCAGGUUGGUACGAUUACAUUGAUAAAUACAAAAAUAAAUUAAAAAUGAAUGAAAUAAUGAGUGACACGUG